UGCAGUGGUGCACAACUUUACACCACCACAGUAGCUCUGGUUGGGGGGGUUCAGGAUACUGUGUGUGCCAUUCGAUGGCGCCGCUGGGAAAAUCUUGGGGCCAGUCUUAUUGAGGCGAUGCUGUUCUUGCUGAUCCUCCUCUUCUCGUUCUUGAGGUUCCCAGUGGAGACCGGAGCCAGAUCACAUUCUCUGCAGUAUUUCUAUUCAGCUGUAUCUGAGCCAGUCCCAGGAGUCCCUGCAUUCUCUGCCUUUGGCUAUGUGGAUGACCAACGCUUUAUCCACUAUGACAGUGUGGGGAUGAAGGCAAAAUCUCAUGCUCUGUGGUUGAAGGAGGGGCCAAGCUACUUUGACGAUGAGACCAAGAUCUUUACAAGUCGGAUGAAGUUAUUCCACCUAAAUUUGAGGAAUUUGCAGCAAUACUACAACCAAACCAUUACCCAUAGUCUGAACAAAGCAUUGAAACAAAAGCAAGCAGAUGCCCACACCCUCCAGUUCACUUACGGCUGUGAGCUCCUGGACAAUGGUAGUACUAUAGGAUACUGGCGGUAUGGUUAUGAUGGUGAUGACUACCUGAAUUUGGAUAUGAACCUUCUGCAAUACAUACCACUGUCACCCAUGGCUCACUACACCAAGCAGAAAUGGGAACACAACAGGAAGGACUUCAUAGAGAGAGACAAGAUCUAUUUGGAGAAAGAGUGCAUCCUGUGGCUUCGAAGAUACUUGGAGUGUGGAGGGGAGAGCUUGAAUCGCACAGAUCCCCCCAAAACACACAUGACCCACCGCUCCAUCUCAAGUCAUGGAGUCAUCUUGAAGUGCUGGGCCCUGGGCUUCUAUCCUGCAGAGAUCACCCUGAUCUGGCAGCGGGAUGGGGAAGACCUGACUCAGGACACGGAGUUUGCGGAGACCAGGCCUGGAGGGGAUGAAACCUUCCAGAAGUGGGCAGCUGUGGUGGUACCUUCUGGAGAGGAGCAGAGAUACACCUGCCAUGUGCAGCAUGAGGGGCUGCCUGAGCCCAUCAUUCUGAGAGUGGAAAUACCUCCUCCAUUCACCAGCUCCAUCCUGAACAUUAUUAUCGGCUUGGUUCUGUUUGUGGUGAUAGGAGUUGUGUUGAUUGGAAUUAUGGUGAGGAGGAAGAAAUACUUAGUGUGAGGCAUUGUAUGGGACCAAGUGAUGUCGGAUUUGUUCACCUCCUAUCCUGCACUGUGACUUCAUGUUCUUCUGAUACUUUUUUUCUGCAAAGAGCAUCUGAGUGUGCCUAUGUUUCUAGUGUAUAAUGUGAGAAAGUGAGGAGAAUGAUGAACUCUCUGCCACUGUCCUCCCUCACCUCAACACACACAACGACCUGUGUUCUCUUAACCUGAUGACUUCCCUGUUCCAGCAUAGGUGGGGAUGGACUAUUUCCAUCCUUGUCUCAAAUUCCUGUUGCAUGGAGCUUCUAAUGCUUUACUGCAAAUAAACAUCUGAACAUGA